AGUUUCAACAAUUUCAUUUCAGUGCCUCCGCAUCGCGCACACUCUCUCUCUAGGAAAAAACUGAACUUUGUCUCUCUACACCACAGCUCCGAGCAAUGGCGGCGUUUGGGCGAAGAAAUGGAUUGACAAUGGCGACGCAGCUCAUGAAAACCAUAACUGGAUCAUCCAAUUCACGAAGCCUCAGUGGGAUUGUCAACAGCGAGGUUAUUACCUCUCACACCGCCAAAUGGAUGCAGGAUACAAGUAAGAAGUCUCCGAUGGAGUUGAUCAAUGAAGUCCCACCUAUCAAAGUAGAUAAUAGGAUUGUUGCCUGUGAAGGAGAUAAUAACCCAGCACUUGGGCAUCCAAUUGAGUUCAUAUGUCUUGACAAGGAGGAGCCAGCUGUGUGCAAGUAUUGCGGUCUGCGAUAUGUGCAAGACCAUCAUCAUUAGAUGCCCAGUCAUUGGUUGUUCUGGUGCAAGGUUUUAUGGUCAAUUGUUUUGAGCUGUAAUUUUCAGAUACAUGUGUAUGUGGCAAGGAUGCCAUACAUUCUGUCUCCUUAAAAUAAGGAUUGUGAAACAUUCCGAACAGAAUUUGCCUGCUCAGAUAAAUGGCAUCACACAUUAGGUGAU